CCCGUUCCUCUAUUUAUGCAAAACAUCACCGAUCACUCGGCCCCCACAGUCUCGUGGCAAAACAAUAACAAACAACACACGUCGUCACUCCUCCGCGUUUCGACCGAUUUCUCGUCCGAUUUCUCAUCGUGAUUCUCUCGCGAGUCGUUUGCACGUUCGACGCGACGUCCGUGACGCAAGAUUCUCGCGAUCGUGGGUGCGCUCGAGGAUUCUCGCUCUCGCGAGGCCUGUCGCGCGCGCGAGAGCGCGAGUCGGGGUCGACCAGACCGACGACGACGCGACUCCGGGGGGAGAAGAAAAAGUGAAACCCACUCUGGCCUCAGAGCGUGAUGCUGUCAGCCGCAGAAAAUGCCUGCUGAUGGGAGACGCGCGAUGCCUGUUGCGUGCUGCGUGCGCGCGUAGACCAAUAUGUGAAUUCCGAUGUGUGCACGCCGCAGUUCCUCCUUGAGCAGGUCGACUUCCGUUUAGCAGCGAGGUGGCCGAGAAGCCCCGAGAAGGUUCUCUCCCUCGUGGUCGCGGCCGUGUGGUGUGCGCGAGGCUGCGAAUCGAUCGCGAACGACACUGCGAGGCGCUCGAGGGUCGAGGUCUCGAGGACCAUACACUCCAAAAAAAAAAAAAAAAAAAAAACCCUGAACGCGGCGCCGUAGCUGUUCGCGAAUCGGACGAUAAACCCCGCGCGCCCGUUUCCCUUUUCGCUCUCAUGUUAUCGUCCCGCUCUGGACAACGUCCAGCCGCCGUUGCACUAACGCGCGUAAUAACGCGCAACGCUAUAUAUUCGCAGAUCGACACAUCCGUCGCUCGAAAAUCGAGGUCAAACGACGGAUAGAUCGGCUUUAAGACGAUCCGUUUUGCUCUGCGAAUUUUUGGCUUCCGUAAAGAAACAGUUUCCGGAAGUAUAAUUGUGUUGUAUUUGAACGCGCGCGAUACUUUGCCACAGUUUUUCUUGCGUUGACGCACUCGUAACUGAUGGACGACACUAAGUACAGCGACUUCUCGCUAACUAGCACGAUGGAUAGCAUGAUAAAACAGGAACCUGUCCAGGAGAUAGGUUCGGCAUCGGCCUCUGUACCGAUACCCGGAGGACACAGAGGCACCACGCGGGGAACGUACAAUCAGUUCUCGCCAUCCCCUCUGGCGGUCUCCUCCGGAUGGGAUAUGAGGACUGAACAAAUGGAUCAUCUCUUUAAAAUGGAUCCGGAUCAGAUGGACGUCUCGUUUAAAAUGGAUGAGGAUGACAUAUUCCAGGUGGACAAGGCCGAGCUUAUCCAAGGUCCGACUCUAGCAGAGUUGAACGCCAACGACGAUACCCUCCUGGGAGAUCUAAAUUUUGACGAUUUGUUGCUACCCGAGGAUAGGGUGCAACCGAUAAAAAUGGAAUACAGCGCUCCGAUAACUGGCUCUCUGUUUAGUAGUAGCAUAGGAUUCGCAUCUAGUAGUUUUCCUCAAUCCGGAGUGACUCAUCGUAGUUGUCCCACAUAUACGAAUACAGGCUUUAAUUUAAAUAGAGGUUCAAAUAUUGUGGAUAACGCAGAAGCUGUUAGUCCUACUGCAUUUCCUAGUCCGGGUACUAGUAAUGUUGCAGGUAGUUCAACAGCAAGUUCAUCGACUUCGCCACAUCCUGUGACUCGACCCAUUGGAUCAUCUACUUUACACGAGCUACUUAUGAAAAGAGGUGAAAAUCCGUUUAAUAAUCCAGUAUCCAGUCAGGUGGAUAAUACAUCUACAAUAGGUGGUAAACCUAAAGCUUCGAGACUGUCUAUGUCUGCGCCAACACAGACAAUGGGAUUGGAUCAAAUCUGGGCUCACAGAGAACCACGACAACAUCUCUUGAGUACUGGUAGCUUAGUGGAAGCAGGAUCGACGAGUAGUUUGAGUACUGGAGGUGCCCUUAGUCCAGAUCCACUCGGUAUUGAUCCUCUCAGUCAUGACGAAGGCUAUGAAGACAGUGACGAUGACAGCGAUCAUUAUGAUGACUACAGCAGUGAUAAUGAUACGGGCGGAAGCGAUGGCGAGGACCAGAGUAACAACAGAGUAGGAUCAGGAACUACGGAAUUAGGAAAAGAACACAGGCAUAGUAAGAAAGAAAGAUUCUUCUGGCAAUAUAAUGUUCAAGCCAAGGGACCAAAAGGACAGCGAUUGAUCGCGCGGGCGCGCUUGGAAGAUCCACAUGUCUUGAAUGAAGCAACUGAUCCAGUAUUUAGUCCUCAUUGUGCUCUUAGAGGAAUUAAGCAUAGUGGGAAGGCACGAAAAGGCGACGGAAAUGAUCUUACGCCUAAUCCUCGCAAGCUUCACAGCAUUGGGCGAGAGCUGGAUAAAUUAAAUCGCAUUAUAAACGAUAUGACACCUGUUGCAGAGUUACCUUUUCCGGCAAGACCGAAAACGCGCAAAGAAAAAAAUAAACUAGCUUCACGAGCGUGCCGCUUAAAGAAAAAAGCUCAACAUGAAGCUAAUAAGAUAAAAUUGCAUGGACUUGAACAAGAACACAGACGUCUUAUACAAGGUAUAUCACAAGCUAAACAUACGCUUGCUGCUAAAUUGACUGAAUCCAAUCGUGAAACUCAAGAAGAGCUUACACGACAAAUGGAGAAAUGUUGCAAGCUGGCUACCAAAAUGCGAAUAGCAAAUCAUUCAACAGAAUUUGUGAACAAAGUGCUGGAAAAUAUUAGAGCCGGCAUUCCUGAUGGUGGAAUCGAUAAUUUUUAAUAUAGCAAAUCGUUUUCAUAAAUCUUAUGUCUACGCAUGUGUAUAUAUAUCUUAAAAAAAUAUGCUACAUGUCUACAUACAUAAGGUUAAUGUUGCUUUUUAUCUUUAAAGUUGCUGUUGAAUAUUUCAGAAAGCAGAUUUAUAGUUAACUUAUCGGUUAACGUAAGCGGUUAAUUAACAGAUAUCUUAUAUACAUAAUUUCAGAAAAUGUUUGCUGAUGUAAAUGAGAAACGAAACCUUGACAUAUGUAUUGAUUUAUCUUCUUUCAAAUCGUUAAUUUUUUUCUACAAAAGUAUCUGCAUUUUCGCCUAUUGUACAUAUUGGUCAAUCUGUAUAUAACAUUUUUCAUGCAUCAUAGAUAAUAGUUUCAAUAAUGUAUCUAUGUCAACAAAGAAUAGAAUGGUUUUUUUUAUGAAUUAGCUACAAAUGUGUAUCAUGUGUUAAAAAAAAAACGGUUGUAUAUUUUGAUAAAAGUGCAAAGAAAAAGUGCCGAAUGUCACUUAAUGAUUAACAUAGAAAUGAUAUCAUCAAUGUCCGUUAUCAAUCGGUGUUGCACACACAUUGCUUCUAAAUUUGAUCUUUAAAUUACAAUGCACACCACACAGCAGAACUUUUGAUUCCAAAUCAUUAAUAAAAUUCACUUGUAUUAAAUUUAAUUAUAUUGAUAAUAUUUGUCGAGUAUUUCGGCGAUUCUUUUAUUUUCAAAUAGGAAUAAUUCCAUUGUUGCGUAAUUAAAUGAUGAUCAAGGUUUCGGAAUUGUUAAUGACGGCUGAUGCAACAAUACUAAGAAUUGACAUUGAUGAUCUUUUUUUUAAUGUUCAAACGAUCAUGUAGUUUUAAUUGAAAUAGUAAAAGAUCUAGAAUGUGCAUUAGAAGCACUUAGAAACGAGCUUUGAAUUAUAUAGUUGUUUGCUGUUUGCUGACUCGAUCUACCUCAGAACGAAACGCUAUACCUACGUACAUAUAUAUAUUUGGAUUAUAUAAAGAUAAAAUAAUGUAUGUGGAAAGAUUGUAAUCGUGGCGCGAGGUGGAAUAUCAUUGCUUUAGAAUUUUAAAAGCGAAUACGGAUGUAGCGUAGCGUCCCUUUUUGUUCGACGAUUAUUUAGAGCAAUUGUACGCCGCGAUUAGAAUUAUAAUUAUAUUUUGCUAAUCACUAAUAUACACAUACAUAUAUUUUAAAUAUGCAAGAUAUUAAUCCAUAUUAUAUUCGUACUAAUAUUUUUUUAAUCAAUUUUUGUAUGUAAAGUUGCCCUAAAGAUCAUAGUAAUUGCGAGAGGAAAAUAUAAACGUGUGGAUAUAUAGUCAUACGAUUAUAUACAUAUAUAAAUACAGAUGUUGUAUAAUCCUUAUAUUGAAUCGUUAUGCAGUCUAAUUUAUUGUUAUGCGGGGUAUCACCGUAGGUUUCAUUCGCUGUGUAUGUUGGCAAAAGUUAAUAUGUGUAAUAUCAUUGUAGCACGAGACGUCACCUUGAUAUCACUGUAAUCACAAACGUGCGGGAAAUGUUGCGUGUAAUAAGAAUAUUUUUUUUAUAGUGUGCAAUACGCGCGCUCGUGCGAAAAGCGCCACUUUAUUAUUUCGACGAUGACCCCGAUACUUUUGCGAUUAUAUGUUUGCGUUCGCUCGUUUAUUCGUUCGUUCAUUCGCUCGCUCACGCAUUCGAUGCCUGCAUCUCCGCGAGAACAAAUGUGCCCUUUGUUAUCGCGCAGGUCCAAUGCAAAAUGUAAAAUUGCAGUUAGCGUGCGAGUGCAUUUCUGGCGUUAAUCGUGCUAAUCGAGUUAGGCAAACGACCUGAGGAUAAACCGAUCAAUUUGAUCAGAAUCUGUAAUGAUGGUUGAAUUAUCAUUUUUAUUCUAAUAAAAAAAAACACAUGCGAACGGCAA